UUACAAAUAGUCUCUCUCGGGCUACGACUGCGCCGAAUACUGUUGCAGGGUCACGACAAAACGCGGAGGAGGAUGAGUCCAGUUAUGGUGAUGGCAGGCCCACGCACGACCGGGAGUUGGAGAGGAUGGCGAAACAGCUGCGCCAAUUGCAGGCUAAAGUGGAUGGUCGAGCGGAGAGGCGGGCUCGAGGACAUCCCUUCUCGGCAGACAUACUGGCAGCGCCUUUGCCAAAUAAUUACAAGGAUACUAACUUGGUGUUCGAUGGGACCUCUGAUCCGUCGAGACACGUAAGGACGUUUGAAAAUGUGGCUGUGUUGCAUGGAUAUACUGAUACCGUUAGUUGCAGGGCUUUUUUAUCGACCCUUAGGGGAGGGGCGCUCGACUGGUUCCAACAGCUCCCUCCAGGCUCGAUAGUGGACUUUGGGGAUUUUGCGGAGAAGUUGACAAAUCAAUAUUCGAGCGCGGUGGCUCAGGAAAAAACGUAUUUGACAUUGAUGGCAAUGAGACAGAGCGAGAAAGAGUCACUGCGCAAGUAUGUUGCUCGAUAUAAUCAGGCCCGUUUGGAGAUUCCAUCAGCGGUUGACGAGGUCAAGGCGGGAGGACUGAUAAGGAGUUUGCAGGCAGGACCGUGUCGGACUUCUCUAGCUAAGACCCCUGCUCACACGUAUGAUGAAGUAUUGAAGAGAUGCAGGAAAUAUAUCAAUCUCGAGGAGACUGAGGCGGAGUUUGCCAAGCUGGAGGAGUUAGGUCGAGGGGAGUCGGGGAAGGAGAAAACAGUCUCUCCCAAAAGAAUAGCCUCGCCCAGGAGGGAGGGGCGAGCUAGACAAGACCGAGGGCGAGAGGAUAGGUGGAAGGACGAACACAUUUCUGGAGGGAAAAGAUUCCAUGAUUACACCCCGUUGAACGCAAAGAUAGCCGAGGUUCUGAUGGCUAUGGAGAAAGGGAUAGAUGGGAAAGACGUGACGUGGCCCAGGUCGAGGUUCGAAGGGCCCACCCAACCGAAGUCGAGGAAAUAUUGCCGCUUCCACAAAGACUAUGGUCACACUACUGAGGGUUGUCGGCAUCUCAAGGACGGGAUUGAGCGCCUUAUUCGAGUAGGGCAUCUCAAGGAGUUUGUCUAUCAGGAUAAGGGGAGGAGAAAGU